GUGGAAAUCUAAGCACAUAUUUUUAUACCAAAUCAUUCAUAAUAAUAUAUAUGUGUGUGUUUCGACACAGCCUUGCUCUGAUUUCAUGUGUAAACACACGUAGAAAAUGUUAACCUCCAUUUAUAUGCUGUUUCAAGAACUGCAUCAUCUCGUUUUAAACUCAUAUGAUUUGUUGGCAUUAGUCUGAAUUAUAUCAUGUUUUAAUGCAAUAAAUCAAGCAAGACAAUAUUCUAUAUUACAAUAUGUCAGCCGCUGAAUCGGACCAGAAGAACUUUCUGCAGAAUGAUGUGUCCGCUUCUACACCCCCCAUAAUAAAAUCCAUUGCAAACCCAAGUACAAAAAUUUCCGUACAAGGAGAUUAUGAUCAAUUUGCCAGGCAACCAAAGAAAGAGAAAAAUAACAAAAGCCGAGAUCGAAGCCCGAUAUCGGGAAGCAACAAAUUGAAGAGAAACUCUGUAGAAAAACAACAAUCGCCUACACAGAACGAGGAACAAAAUACUAGUCCUGAAAUAAGUAAAUCAUUCCCCAAAACCACAAAGGAAUCAAAAGAUUCGAACCCUAGUAGUUCCGAACCAAAAGAUGAAAAAGGAAAAUCGAAACGAGCAUCUUUGCAGAGUGAACAACCGAGCGCUAAUAUGUCGGUUACUACCCUAGGUGGCGAAGAGGGAAAUCCUACGUUGUCACGUAUGGACUCAAUGCCUCCCCGCAAACAUGCUCGGGUUGAGCACAUGAAACAGCUACGUAACGAGGGUUUUGAAACUCAAUGUCAAAAUAACAGCCCGCAAAAUAUUCUUGAACAGAAAGACAAAGCCAUUGGAACAGAUGCACAAUGGAUUGCGCAACCUCUUAGGCCUAAUGAACACGCGUUUUUACCACCCGUUGCAUCAGUCGUGGAUUUUUUGGACAACCCAUAUUUUAGAGAUGGAGCUGUUGUUCUCAACAAAACAUUUCUGUGA